AUGACAAUCUAUAUGUCGACUGAAUUUACACCUUUGAAAUCUGAUGAAACUCAACUAUUUGAAUUAGCUCGGCUAUGCAAUUUAACCAUUGAUGAACGAAUGUUCAAAAUCAUUCUCGAAUUACUCAAAUUGAAUAUUAAACCAGAAGCGAUUAUUCAAGUGUUGAAAGUCUUGGCCAAACAAACUUCAACAUCAUCUUAA